UUAAGAUGAAGAUGGAGAGGAAUAUUGAUGUGAAGAAAAAGAAUCGUCAAAGUUAUAAAUAAAAAACCAUAUUCUCAUCCAACACGUUCCAUCAAAACCCUGAGUCGCAAUAAAAUCAAUCCCCCCAUUCUUAAAAUCCCAUCAACAAUGUCUUCUCCAAAAUCAGCAUUUACUCAUCAAACUCCAUUUGCUUAAAUCCCACCGAUUUCCGCAACCACUCUCCUUUUUUCCUCUUCAAAACCCAAAACCCAUCAUCAUCAUCAUCAUUAUCUCUGUUUUCUUAAUCCAUGGCAGACCUUUCUCCGCCGGCUUCCUUUUCAAAGCUUUCUACCGACGCCGGAGCCGCUUUCGUCCUCGAAUCCAAAGGGCAGUGGUGGCAUGCCGGAUUCCACUUGACGACGGCGAUCGUAGGGCCGCCGAUUCUUACUCUGCCAUUUGCCUUUCGAGGAUUGGGCUGGGGAGUGGGAUUUUUGUGCUUGACGGUCAUGGCUGCGGUGACUUUCUACUCGUAUUACCUCUUGUCUAAGGUGCUGGAGCUCUGUGAGAAACAGGGCCGCCGUCACAUCCGCUUCAGGGAACUCGCCGCCGAUGUCUUGGGGUCAGGAUGGAUGUUGUAUUUUGUGGUGUUCAUACAAGCGGCCGUCAACACCGGCGUGGGAGUGGCCGCAAUCUUGCUUGGUGGGGAAUGCUUAGAGUUGAUGUAUUCAAACAUUUAUCCAAAAGGGGAACUGAAAUUAUACCAUUUCAUAGCUGUGGUGACUGUGGGAAUGAUUAUGAUUUCUCAACUUCCCUCUUUCCACUCCCUUAGAUACAUCAACUUCCUUUCCCUUCUUCUCAGCCUCGCCUACGCUUUCUUCAUCGCUUUCGCUUCUAUUCUUGCAGGUACGUCCGAUAACGUUCCUCCAAGGGAUUAUUCUUUGGAAUCCACACCCUCUGCUAGGGUUUUCAGUGCCUUCACGUCUAUCUCUAUCUUUGCUGCCAUUUUUGGCAACGGCAUUCUUCCUGAAAUUCAAGCAACUCUUGCACCACCAACAGGUGGGAAGAUGGUAAAAGGGCUGAUCAUGUGUUACAUUGUGAUCUUCAUCACAUUCUACUCAUCUGCAGCUUCAGGCUAUUGGGUGUUUGGCAACAAAUCCAAUUCAAAUAUCUUGAAAAACUUAUUGCCCAAAAAUGAAUCUCCUUUAGCUCCCACUUGGAUCCUCGCCCUCGCCGUCCUUUUCAUUCUCCUCCAACUUCUCGCCAUCGGAAUGGUUUACGCUCAAGUGGCUUACGAGAUCAUGGAGAGAAGAUCAGCAGAUGCUAAACAAGGAGUGUUCUCAAGAAGAAACCUAAUUCCUAGGCUGAUUUUGAGGACAUUGUACAUGUCCUUGUGUGGUUUUUUUGCGGCUAUGUUUCCGUUUUUUGGUGACAUUAAUAGUGUCGUUGGAGCAAUCGGGUUCAUUCCGCUCGACUUCAUUCUUCCGAUGGUUCUUUACAAUAUUACGCACAAGCCUCCGGUGACGUCGAUAACUUAUUGGGUCAAUGUCUUCAUUGUUGCUGCCUUCUCUGGUGCAGGGCUGCUUGGAUGCUUUGCUUCUAUUAGGAACUUGGUUUUGGAUUCCAAGAAGUUUAAGCUCUUUAGUAGUCAUGUGGUUUGAUUUUAUUCAAGCUGUUUUUUCUUUGUGGAAUUUAACUAACACAACAACAUGAAUGAGAAAUUACAAAUAAACUAAGUUUUUCUAACG